AAAGGGGCUUAGGCUCAUCUUUCUUUCUGCCACUGAUUGGCUGAGUUUGGGCCUUUCUAUAGGGCUGGUCUCAUUGGAUAACAAAGGGACUUUCGCCUGAAGAUCCGAGGAAAUCAUCGUUUUCCAUUCCAUUGUUUCUCUAGGGCUCACUCCGAUCAGGCUCCUACUCCCAUUUCCCUCUCUCUUUCUCUUGCUACACCACGCAACAAUGCUCUCUGGGGAUAUACCUCCUAACCAAACAAUAUACCUUAAGAAUCUCAAUGAGAAGAUCAAGAAAGAAGAACUUAAGAGAUCCCUUUAUGCGUUAUUCUCUCAAUAUGGAAGAAUUUUGGACGUUGUUGCCUUGAAGACACCAAGACUACGAGGACAAGCUUGGAUUGCGUUUAGUGAAGUGCCAGCUGCAAGUAAUGCAGUGCGGCAGAUGCAGAACUUUCCAUUUUAUGAUAAACCCAUACGAAUUCAAUAUGCAAAGACAAAGUCAGAUUGUAUUGCUAAAGCAGAUGGAAGUUUUGUUCCUAGAGAUAAGAAAAAGAAGCAAGAAGAAAAAGCUGAAAGGAAGCGACGCCCAGAUGAUGCACCACCAUCUGCUGCAGCAAAUGGAACAAGAGCUGAAAAUGGAGCCACACCAGCUCCAUUCCGCCAAGGAAAUACAAGUGCACAAGAAGCUGCAGCUCCAAAUAAUAUCCUGUUCAUAGAGAAUUUGCCCCAUGAAACCACUAGUAUGAUGCUGGAACUGCUCUUCCAACAAUACCCAGGAUUUAGGGAAGUUCGAAUAAUUGAAGCAAAGCCAGGUAUUGCCUUUGUAGAAUUUGAAGAUGAUGUUCAGUCAUCCAUGGCUAUGCAAGCACUUCAAGGGUUCAAAAUUACUCCACAGAACCCAAUGGCCAUUACCUUUGCAAAGAAGUAACUGCCUUUUUUUCCAUUUUAUGUGAGUGAGUCCAUUUUUCAGGAAGAUAAAAAUAGUUGAAGUAUUUUACUAAUGCUGUAGUCAUGUAGAUCUUCUAGAAAUUUCACUAAAACCUUAUCCAAUGAAAGUGGGAAACCAAUAGGAUGCAAAGAGGAAAUGAAAGAAUGCUAUGUUGUGGUUUAAAAGGUUAAAAAUGUAGCAACAGUGUAGUAUAUUCGUUUUAUCUGGUUAACAGAUUGUUUAAACUGUCCCAAGUAAUAUUUUUUUUCUCAUUA